CCUCUGAGAUCGCGUCGACGUACCUUCUCCCCCUCCUUCCUCUUACCCCCUCCAACCCCCUCGUCGUUACACCUCGAUUGAUUUUGCACUACAGAACAGUACAAUAGUGCGGUACUUUAUUUAUUUUUCCUCCUUUUUUGCGGCCGUGUAGAUCUCAUCGUAUAAUCGCGCAUCAAUCGUCCUCCACCGGUGACUCACCCGACAAUUAUUCGAGCCGCCGAUGACGCAACUGACCCCGUGACUCUCGGAUAAUCGUGUUUCCAAGAUGGCUCCGGUAAACUUUAGCGAGUGAGCGGGAUGGUGAGGCCGUCAGCAGGAUGCAGCAGCAGAAGACAGACGCCCCCAGUUCGCCGGCCGAGGACCGUGAGGAAGUGACUACCGAGGCCGCCGACACCAAGGCCAUGGUGGCCUCCACUACCGCCGUCUCCGAAGAGCUUCUGCAGAGGUCACUGCAGAGUAUGGCGCUGACGUUGCAGACCGCCAUGAUGUCGUCCCUGCAGCAGGCCGCACUGUUGCCCCCCAACUCCCCGGCAGCUGCAGCGCUCAACUUGCAAGCCUUCGAGUCCUAUCUGACCCUGCACCGGCUCAGCACAUCGGUGUCGACCCCGCAGCGGCCGGCUAGCCCCGCGCCCUCGGUCCCGGACGACCUCGCGGCUGCCGAGGAGCUAGAGGACGAUCCAGCGCUUCUAGAAGACGACCUGGAGGACGACACCCCGCCUCCUUCUAGCUCACCCUCACGGCUGAAUACUCAAUUUCCCGCGUUCCCAGGGGAGUCCUUCUACCCCUCCUUACUCCUGUACCAGCCGGAGACAUCGUCUUCCUCCAAGACGGCGACCAAGCAGAAGACAUCGACUCCAUCGUCAUCCUCGCGACCAAAGAAGCAAUUCAUCUGCAAGUUCUGCAACCGGCAGUUCACCAAGUCCUACAACCUGCUGAUCCAUGAGCGCACUCACACGGACGAGCGACCUUACUCUUGUGACAUCUGCGGCAAGGCUUUCCGCCGACAAGAUCACCUCCGGGACCACAGGUACAUCCACAGCAAGGAGAAGCCCUUCAAGUGCACGGAGUGCGGCAAGGGAUUCUGUCAGUCCAGGACUCUGGCCGUCCACAAGAUCCUGCACCUCGAGGAGUCGCCCCACAAGUGUCCUGUGUGCAGUCGCAGUUUCAACCAGCGCUCCAACCUCAAGACCCACCUGCUGACCCACACCGACAUCAAACCUUACAACUGCUCCGCAUGCGGCAAAGUCUUCCGCAGAAACUGCGACCUCCGCCGGCACAGCCUGACCCACAACCUAGGCUCCGUGGCAGAAACUGCGCCUCUCAGCCUGGAGGCGGCGGCGGCCAGGGACAAGACAGAGGCCGUCCAAGCCUCCCAAGCCGCGGAGACUUCCCAGCUCGUCUCGUAGUCCAACCGCCGUCACCCUUCGUGGCCCCUGUGAUAUUUCUCGAUUUCCAAUGUUAUAAACUAUUGACUGGCACACAUUGCCUUACAAAUUAUGUAAAUACGUUGAUAUUAUUUAGUAUUUUUAUAUUUGUUAUAGAAUUCUAAGACUCUUUCGUACAAGGUUAGGUUAAUAUUUAGGUGGAAUGAGUGUUGCCUUACCUGAUUUGUGGAUGUUAAAAAUGUAGCAACCCUCCUUACGGUUAUUUACAUAGGUUACUUAAGGUGUGUGUUUGUAUGUGCCUACUCAUGAAAUCAACAAUAAAAACACAAAAAGCAAGUCUGAUUACUGUUAUAGAAGGGUAUAAAAAACCGACUUACAAACAAACAACGCUUUCUACCAAGGGAGGUUUUUUUAAAUCUUGUUUCAGCUUAAAUAACGAAGCGAAGAAAAAAUGUAGGAGUAAUAGUUUUGCAGUGUUUUUUCAACAAAUAUUUAAUUUAAGACUCGACUGUAGUAAAAAGACCUUAAGGAUUUCCCAUAAGAACAAUGUUAAACCUCAUGCAGUGUUCCACGCUUAUUUUUAGGCGUACGAUUAUGGCAGUUAUUUCUUUCCAAAGAUAUAUAAAUAAUACGCAUCCAAACGCUUUUAAUUGUUUAAAUAUAUUUUUAUGGGCUAUUCAGAAGAAAAUUUCCAAAUUCGAUCUACUUCAUUAUUUAAUUAUUCAAAAAGUAUACACUUAAGAAAAAAAGAACUAAAAAGCGUUUAGAUGUGUACUAAUUAGAUAUUAGAAAUGAAGUACCUCCCUAUAACGCUACAAUCUGAGCGUUAGACUGCAUGAGAUUUAACAUUUUUACUACGGCAAAAACUCAGGAUGGUUUUAUUACAAUCGUUUCUUAAGAGAUAUGUUUUGUGUAUAAAGUUUCAAUGUCAUUUCAAAAAAUAUAUAACAUAAUAAUGAUUAUGUAAGUAAAAUUAUAAUUUCGAAUUACUCGAUUUUACUGCCAAUGUACUUUUUUUAUCAGUGUAAAUAUUGAGUUGAUGUUCAUUUCAGUUAUAAAAAUACGAAAUAGACAUAAUAAUAUCAAUAAGAAGAUGUUUACACGUGGAAACCCUCACUUACUACCUAUAUUGAGGGUGAUAAUGAUGCAGGCAGUUCCAGUUUGGUUUCUACAAUUUCAGAAACGGCCUUAUUUAUGAAACAAAUUCAGGCAAAUGACCAUUAACAGUAUAUAUUAAGGUCUCUGAAAUAAAUAUCCUGUUUUUACGUUUAGUAUAGUAAUUUAUAAAACUUGAAACAUGAAUCAACGGUUCUGCUUUGAUUAAAACAUUGAUAUAUUUAGAAUAUUUUAUAAAGGUGUACAAAUAACUAAGAUCAUUUAUGCUAUCACAAAAAUGCCAUAUCCGCACGGUGAUUUGAUCCCAGGACUCUGGGAUUGGUAAUAUCAGACGCUAGCUACUUAGCUACUAGGAACGGUAUCGAAUUGACAUUAAUUCAAUUUAAUAAUUCUUUAUUGUCAUUAUUUAACAAUUAUAAAAAAUUUUACGACAUGCGUCACUAAUCAUAUUUGUCGUCCAAUAAAACAUUUCAAAUAAAAAUAAUAUUAAUAAAAAAAUGUAUACAUUAAAUGUCACAAUUAUAAAUAUACACGUAUUUUUAAAUCUUUCAUAUCAACUGAGUCGGAAACCCUUUAGCUCCCCACGUAUUUCAGCUCUGACAACGUUGGUUCCAGGAACUCAUCCACGGAAUAUAAUGCGUUUGUCAUGAAAUAUUCUAUUUGAAUUUUGAUUGAUUUGUUAUGUUUAAUUUUUUCUGGUAAACAAAUGAUAAAUCUGAAUCCCAUUUGAGAUGGGAGAUGGUCAAUGGCCAUGAAGCUGUAGCCUGUGUUGAGGAACUCUGUAGUUUUCUCCGGCUCUUGUAUUAUAACCAUGGACACCCCUGCCUUGCAGCAGCGUGCAGAACUUGCUCGUCUCAAGCACGUACAGCGCAGGCAAUGUCAUAGUUUGAGUUUCAAUUUAGAUUGGAUAAACAGCUAGCUCCUGUACUUAAAACUUGGGAGGUAAAAAAUGUGUGUAAUAGUUUUUGCUAUUUAAAUACAGUUCAAACACAGAGCAAUAGCAAUUAAAAGAAGUGUAGUUAACUUCAUUGCUUCUUUGUUUAUCUAAGUAAGGUGAGGCUACAAUUCAAAAAAGGGUCAAUGCUAUUGCAUUAAAUUAAUUGUAUUGGUUACUGUAGUGCCGUUAGUUUAGACUAAAAUGCAAUAUUGUAUAUAUUUUCUUAGUUCUAGAACGUUGUGAUUUGUACAUUUUUAUUACUAUUUGUGUUAGUUAUAAAGGAACAACAACCCUUUGACUGAUAUUAGUGUUACAUUGAACACAGACAAUAGAAUUAUAUUUACAUUUUACAAUUUCGAUUUAAAUAUAUGUUUUGUGUUAAAUAUUGUAGGUUUAAUUGAUACAGUUUUUUAUGUA